AUGCCACUUAACGUAACCCGGGCAUGUGACUCUUGUAGAAUUCGAAAGGCUAAGUGUGAUAAUGAUGUAUCCACUUCGUCAUUUACGAAAUGCACUCAAUGUGCGAAGCGCAAUCAAGAAUGCACUUACUAUAUGAAGGAAGGAAAUAAGCGUGGACCAAAGUCGAAAAAUUCUAAGAAUGAUAAACGUAAAAGGUCCAAAAAUAAUUCUAAGAACAAUAAACGUAAAAGGACCGAAAGAAAUCCUAUUGAUGGCAAACCUAUGAAAGAUGUAGAUCUGACUAAGGAAAUUUGCCAUGAGGGUGCCGUUAUACCUGUAGACCCUCCUUGUUUACCUGCUGAAUAUAUAGGAUACUUCAAUACAUUUUCGUUUACAAGAGAACAACUAGAGAUACUUUGUACUUUCAACCCGCAACCCUGUCAAUUCGUGAAUACUUCGGGACAUAUAUGUCAAGAAUCUUGCUUCAUCCGUUAUAGUAAUUUAUAUUAA